GAGCUUGUGUGGAGAGUUGGAUAACCAGACCACAGAGCUGAGAACAACAUCAAAAGCUGACGUGUUGCCGUUGGCAAGCUAACUCCUCAAUGUGAAGCUAUCCCAUGAUGCAACAUGCGUCCUCAGCACCUGCAGUGACAAUGAUGGCCACCCAGAGUGUUCCUCCACCAUCGUACCAGGAGAGCCAACAGAUGACGGGCACAACUCAACAGAACACCAAGACCCCCCAGGUCCACAUCCCAGCAGCCUCUGCAGCAGGAAAUACCUCUGUCAGUGUGACCCUCGACCCCCAGGCCCAGCUUGAGUCUGACAAGAGGGCCGUUUACAGACAUCCGCUGUUCCCCCUGCUGGCGUUGUUAUUUGAGAAAUGUGAGCAGGCCACACAGGGAUCUGAGUGCAUCACAUCGGCCAGCUUUGAUGUGGACAUUGAAAACUUUGUGCACCAGCAGGAGCGAGAACACAAACCUUUCUUCAGUGAAGACCCAGAGCUGGACAACUUGAUGGUGAAGGCUAUUCAGGUGUUGCGGAUCCACCUGUUGGAGUUGGAGAAGGUCAACGAGCUCUGUAAAGACUUCUGCAACCGCUACAUCACCUGCCUCAAGACCAAGAUGCACAGUGACAACCUCCUCCGGAACGACCUGGGAGGACCCUACUCUCCGUCACACACCAGUCUCAACAUGCAGCAGGAACUAAUUCAGACCUCCUCUCCAUCCAUGACCUCUGUCUCCAGCUCUGUUAACCCUUCUGGGAUUGUGGUGCCUGCCGGGACUCUGCAACAGGGCAAUCUAUCCAUGACAACCAUCAACUCUCAAGUGGUGUCAGGUGGGACCCUGUAUCAGCCGGUUGCCAUGGUGACAUCGCAAGGGCAAGUGUUAACGCAGGCACUGCCACCGGGAACCAUCCAGAUCCAGAACUCACAGGUCAACGUGGACCUUGCGUCCCUGCUGGACAGCGAAGACAAGAAGUCCAAGAACAAGAGGGGGGUCCUGCCCAAACACGCCACCAACAUCAUGCGCUCCUGGCUCUUCCAGCAUCUCAUGCACCCGUACCCCACAGAAGACGAGAAACGACAGAUUGCUGCACAAACGAAUCUCACCCUCCUGCAAGUGAACAACUGGUUCAUAAACGCCCGUCGGCGUAUCCUUCAGCCCAUGCUGGAUGCCAGUAAUCCAGACCCGGCUCCUAAAGCCAAGAAGAUGAAGUCCCAGCACCGCCCGACUCAGCGCUUCUGGCCCGACUCCAUCGUAGCCGGAGUCCUGCAGACGCACAGAUCUCAAUCAGGAAACAACUCUGACAACCCUCUGAGUAUGGACUCCCUCCACUCGCUGUCAUCGGACUCAGCCACACUGGCCAUGCAGCAAGCCAUGCUGGGAGCCGACGACUCCAUGGACGGCACCGAGGAGGAGGAGGAGGAAGAGGAGGAGGAGGAGGAAGAGGAGGAAGGAAUGGAGGAGGAAGAGGAGGAGGAGGAGGAUGGGGAAGAGGACAACAACAGGGAGAGACAAAUGUCCAGCGUGGGAGGAGGAGGAGUGAGGAGAGAGCUGAGCAUGGCGCACAGAGAGGAACUGGAGUAGGACAAAACGUUACAAAAUGUAACCUCAGCUGUGCCCUGAACACAGCCUCGCUCAAACUCUGAUGCUGAGUGACUGUGCAGAGCUUUAAAGGGCAUACACAUGUUUUUGUCCCCAUCAGAGACUCUUCCACAGAGCCACCACGGAGACCGAUCAGACACAACGACCACCUUGAUCAUGGUUAUAAAGGACAAAUAUUAGUUUAAUGAUGAAUAUGUGUUGUUUCAUUCUAAUAUAGUAUGUUUUCAUGCAGUGGGCUCCUCAAAUAUUUGGAUAGUAGCACAUUUUUUGUACUCUUUAGCGCUCUGUAUUUUUGAAAAGAAAUGGCACGGGUAAUUAACUGUUUGAAAGAGUACUGUCUGUUGGAUGGUUUCACCCAUUUCAGAGGCAGAGAAUAAAAAUAAACUGAAUACGUUCAGAGAGCUGUUACAUUUAAAAAGAACACAAUAAUGUCUUCAGAAAGACACCAAGGAGUUAGUAGUUUCACAUGGAUCAAUAAUGUUUGCACAGUGAAAAGCUUUGACUAAACGUGACAGACUUUCAACUCGUCCAAAACAGCAGCUCGGUCAAGGGUCCAAGGCUUCAAAAUAUGACACUUUAGGUUUUUUUGUUAUGUCAUUUCUUGAAUUUAUCCUCUAGUUUUUCAAUUUUAAGUUCAGAUGAAGGCAGGUGCGGGCCUUGAAUGACAAAAAAAACAAAAAACAGAAGGAACUCAUCUUGAAGACUAGAGUUCUUGUUCCAUAUUAAACCAACUGUCAAUAUCGACUCGUCUUUAAAAGUUUUUAUUACACUCCUCCUGCACCUCUCUUCAGUGAUUUAGGCGGAAUAAAGGCAAGACUGCAUCACUUCAUACGUUGGAGCUGACAGGAUGGAACCUAACUGACCAUUUUUAAAGUUAAAGGAGCAAUGUGUAACACUGACACUGAGCAUUCAAAAAUGGGUACUGCAGUCCAAAUUCAAAACAUUAGAGAGAGCUGCCCUUCCCUCUCUCUGUAGAGUCGAUGUGCAAGCAGGUUUCCAUGUGGUGGACACAGAAGCUUCAGUGUUUCGCCAGCUCGGCAUCGGUCUGUAAACCUUUCUGCGUUCUAACCUCUCUCCAUUUUUCAAAAACAUCUCCAAUAUUGAUCCUAGUUUUACCACAUCUCUGCUGGUGGAGCUUAUUAGAAACAUGCUUUUUAGGUGGGGUAUAAAAUCACCUCUAUCUGAACCAGUUCGCUUGUAUGCUUCCAUCGCUGCAACACCUCUUGUUUUGCCGUUUGCCUGGCAAUCCGAGGGGUGUCCAAAACGGCUGUGUGGGGGUGCCAUAAAACCACCUACCAUCUCCGGUCAAGACAAAAGCAUACAAUUCGGCACUGGAAUCAAAACUUAGAAGGAGGACACUUCAACAGAGCAUUUUUCCUUCAUGUCUGAUCAUAUAGUAAGGUCACUUUAUGAAUUAUUUCAGUAAACAUCUUACAUAUUGGACCUUGAAUUCAGACGUUGCUAAGCUAUCAUCGCUAACUUGACAGUAGAUCCCUGGAUAUCUUGACCCUCAUAUUUUGAAGCGUAGGGCUGCUGACCAAGCUGCUAUAACUGAACAAUUUGGAGUGAAAAGUGUCUUAGAAAAACUUAUUUGAAUGUAAUCAGUACAAAUAUUUGGCACAAUGAAAUGGGUUACAAAAAGGGCUGCAGGUUUUUUUUUUUAACUGUUACUUUCAUAUGACUGAACACACACUUAAACUUCACAAUGUGUCAUUUUGCUUCCUUAAAAAAGACUUAGAGGCGGAUAAAGAAAAAAAGGUGUUAUGCUGUCUAAAUAUUUGCAUAGGUGACUGAAUAAGUCGUAACGUGCUGAGACGUCAUUCUCGCCUUUUUAAAAAAUGACUCACAGGUUCUCAGGUUGAACAACACUUUCAUUCAGCAUGACUCUUCAAUGUGAGAGAAUCGCCCGACUGACUGCUCCGCUAAACCUUUUUUCGAGCAUGACUUUGAAAAACAAUCUUAGUUUACUUCUUUUUCAAAUCCCAUGAGCAAAAAAAAAACUUAAAAAAAACCUGUAGUAAACCAGUGAACUCUGACUGCACACGUAGUUUGUGUAUUGGAUUUUAUGUUUGCACUCUGGUGUUGAAGGUUUGCAUAUUUAUUCAGUUUUGUUUGUGUGGUCUCAGACAGUUGUAGCUCAACCUGACAAUGUUCGGCUGCUUCUGCGUUUACUUCACAGUUUUUGCAAACCUUCUGAAUGAGGCUUUUGUAUUUUGUGAACACGGGUGAAUUUGUCAUGAAAUGCGAGCAUGGCAAGAACUGCAAGACGCUUCUUCAAACCGUCUCACCCAACUCUCAGCCUUGAAGAUGAACAACACUUUGGAAUCCAGACGUGACAAAGAAAAUGUCAAUUACUGUCAGACUGUUUCAGAGAAGAAGAUUUUGGAGGAAAAAUGACGAGAGAGAAAGGGAGAAAAAAAAACGGAAUAAUAUCUCUUUCAAUUCAAUGUGAAGGAUUCUGGAAGAAACUGUGAAACAAUUUCAGCUCUGUUUUGUACUAAAUCACAGACACGGAGUCGCUUGUUUCUAAUGUGAAGAUGUCUGGGAAAAGAAAAAAAACAUGUUACAUUGAAUGUUCUGAUUGUUCAUUGUGAAGUUUGUUGCUCAUUAAUCAUUUUUUCUUGACUUCUUUUUUUUUUAAUGGAUCUUCCAGAGAAAGUGACAAACAUAGGAAAUAUUUCUAUUUCAUUUGUACACUUUGUUGUCAUAAUCUAUUGUGUUUCAAUAGAACAAUUUUAAUAAUUAAACAUGUAAAGGUA